AUGGGGUUGGUGCAGAAACGACCACAAAAAGAACACUUUGCUUUGCAAAAUGACUCGCCUUCUGGAAUGACUUUAAAUGAAAAGAGCAUUCAAAAUUCAGUUCCACAGUGGCACAUAGACAUGGAGGGUGCACCAGGGACCUUAUAUGAAGGGGAAAAAUUUCAACUUCUGCUUAAUAUUAGGAGCCUAGACCCUUUUGGCUCUCCUCAAGUCAUGUUUACUGUUGAAAUGUUCCCCGUUCAUCUUCAUGCGUACAGCAGUGGUCAUAUCUGUUUAUCCAUUCUAACAGGAGACUGGUCCCCAGCGCUCUCGGUCUGGUCAGUCUAUCGUAGCAUCUAUCGUAUACUUCCUAGCUGCAAGGAAAAGGGAUGA